UGAGUCAAAAUAUUCAUGUGUUCGCUGCAAGUUUACAUUCCGCUUCUGCUUGAUUUAACAAGAGUUAACCACAAAUAUUUGUCACACGACCUGCGUUCCGCCAGAAGGAAUAAAAUUCGAGAAGGUAGAGAUACUCAGCACACAAGUUACUGGACUGUUCACUUAGAGAUUUGGACCUUCGGAAGUUUAAGAAAAACGACAACUUCGCAGCAGCGUCAAAGAAAGAAGGAUUUACAAAAAGAAACUAUGGAGCUUGACGAGAUCAUAGCGUAUAAACUCAAGACAGCAACAUAUGUAAUCGAGCUGGACGUGUUUUCUGGACAGCCAAAUCCGAUUAUCGAAGUCAGUGAGGAUAAGAGACAAGAUAUAAAGAUUUUUGAUAACCACAGAACCUUUCAGUCAUCAGGAUUGGCGAGUACGCCCGGAUACAGGGGAUUUAUUGUCCACAAACGAACUUCGCAUAAGCGGGCAACUCUAGAGAUUAUCAAACUGACUGUUGGAAAGGGUAAAAGCGCUUAUCUGGAGAGCAAACUCCUGCGUAUGUUUCCCGGUUCCGGUUCCGGUCCCGUUUCUAGACAAGUAUAUACUCACGUGGAGCAGUGGAUUGAUGUAUGUACACACUUGGAGAUGUCAAAAACAAGUGCGAAUAGUAAAGAAAAAAAAGGAAAAGGCGAUCCUACGCAGUUGUACCAGCUACCGGACUACAAUCCUGAUUUGUGGAACACCAGUGCAAUUACCCGUCUGAAGAACAGCACCUACAAUUAUGCAACGAAUAUUCAAACGAAUACAUUCUCGAAACCAGGGCGUGGUAAUGGUGUUAUUAAUUGGGGCACAACACAACAUAUCUUAGAUGGAUGCAAUGCUGACGGUUUGAAGGAACGCACUGACGGAGAACUGCCUAGCGAGAGAGAGAACACUGGAGCUAUUGCCCUGGCUGUUUGGUAUGCCGAUGACAGUAAAGUAGAGUUCACUAAUCAGAUCAGUGACUUCAUCUUUUACCGACAAGAUUCGGAUAUGAUGUGGUCUUAUAAGUCAGGCCAAAAAAGUGUCACCAAUAGGGAUGGCGAUGGAAAAUUGAUAUCCAAUCCGAGCAAAGCUGCUCUUCAUCCGUUUCGAUUUGUCUGCUACUUUGGCAACAAUUCUUCUGUCCAUAUUUGUUAACUGGCGUGAGAACAUGAUUGUUUCCGCCUGUUCCGGUCACACAAAGCUAGUUAUAUUGGUUGUAUCCACAUGCACAUGUACAUUGCUAAAAGUUUGCGAACAAUCAUGGAAAUAACCUCAGACAUUUUCAAAAUAUAUAUAUUCAUAUAUUAGGUGAUCGCAAGUCAGAAUGAGAAAAAAAAUAUCAAUAUCACAUGCAGUCAUAACGGCCUUUGCUGCAUUGACCAUACUAAAUCAUCAAUUAUGAUUUAAAAAACAUCCAAAACAAGAGUUGCAAUAUUACUUUAAUUGCAUUUCUUCUUGCAUAAAAUUACAGGUUUCUUUACAAAUUAUAAUAUUAAAUUGUUUAAUUUUUGGAAGAAGAACGUAAUUUUGGGAUCUUUUGAACUUUCCUGGCUUUAAUGCUACAAGUUAUAUCAUUAAAGCAUCUUGCCACAGGAUAUUGUACUGCUUUUGCUUAUGUUUUUGAAUUAAUGGCGGAUUAUACCAUAAAUGGAGAUGUUGUCCUGACUGUACUUGAUAUAUUAUUUGUAUUGUGGUAUCCUGUGUUUAAACAAGCUUUUCGUUCUAUCGAGUGAUUAACAUUAAGGUUAAAUGUUGAUGCCUGGUGACCCCAUUUAACGUUGGCAUCAUUUCAAAUGGUAGUAUCUUAUAUGUACAAUUAAUGAAUGAAUGAAAUUUCAUUGUGGUAAUUUGUACGUUUGUUCUUAAUUUCAAUUGACCUAACCAGGGAUAGUUUGCAAUCUUUAAAGGCCAAACAGUACUGAAAAUUAAUUUUGGUAUAUAAUUUUAGCUCUCUUCACUUAAAAGCCUUCCAAAUGAUUUUACAAUAAUAAUGUGUCACCCGGCAUCUCGAAUGCGCCUACCCAUGCAUCGUAAACCUUCAAUUGUGCUCCACAUGCAGUAUCUUAUAUUACUAUUUUGUAUCAUGUUUUUAGUUAUUUAGUUGUUUUCUUGUGUAUUCUAUGAUCUUGUAACUUGUACUGCAAUAAGUUGUAUAUCUUUAAUCUGCAUGCACAGCCAAACAAUUAUACAAAUUGAAACUUGAUUUCUGUCUAAAAAGGCGCAAUAACAUAACGCGCUCACUAAGAAUCAUUGAUCAUUUAAUGUUCAUUUUGAAAAGGUCCAUGCAUAAUAUGGACGGUCGACCAUUUGGUUAAUAACCUUUUAAUUGAAUGCAAAAAUGUUGUUGCCGUACGAAUCAAGAUCACCUUUAUAAGAUAUAUUCAGCAUAUUUUGAUAAUCAAGUUCAAACCAUUUACAAUAUGUAAAACACUCUUUUAUUUUUAAUAUAUUGUAUUCCUUCUAAACAACGUUUGUGAAUGAUGAUUGAUUGUUGAAGUCUAAUAUGUAAUCAGAGCUUGCGAAAUAAAGACUCUUCAAAAAUGUU